AUUGCUUUAAAGGGCUCGGGCGGGGAACGGGAAGUUCCCGCGUCCGCAGAGCCUUUCGUCGCUUAGCGUGGCCCCAGUCAGACACGUUUGGGUGCGGUGUUGGAGCCAGUUUGGCAGGUGGGGCAGUGACGGAAUGCCGAUGCUGUUAACUUGGCUUUUCCUCCGUCCUGGGUAAAGCGAACAGAGUAUGCCAGUCAUUCCAUCAGGCACCUAUGUUGGGGAGUUGGACCGUGGUGAUUCACCAUGGCUUACGGCUUGCCAAGAAAGAACACAGUGAAAACCAUAUUGCGGGGCAGUUGUUAUAACGUACAGGAACCUUGGGAACUUGCACGGCUUACAGAGACCUGGUACACGAACCUAGCCAACAUCAAGUUGCCAUUCUUGGGAGAAAUUUCAUUUGGUAGUCCUUUACACCUCAAAAAAACUAAAACCAUUAGGAAUACUCUACUCCCUUCUGCAGAAUCUAUGAAACUUGAAAGGGAGUAUGAAAUGAAGCGCUUGAAUCGCCUGAAAUGUCAGGAGGAUGUAGCUGAGGAAAUUCAGCUUUCCCUAAGGGAAACGCAAAUUGGUUUGAGAAGACCUCUUCCACCUAAGUGAUAUCAUCUCGUAAUUGAACCUGUACUCAGUGCUUUCCACAUCCAAAGGCAAUGAAGGUCUCCAGCUUUUUGCUGUGUGAAGUUGGGUGCAGACCUACAAGUGUCCACUGGUGGACGAGCCAGCUCCUGGGGUUUGGUGGACAGCUCUGAUGGAUCUUCUGUGUUCCUGCCACUUACUUCUUCCUUUGUACCACACGUGACAACACUGUUGUUUAAUUACUGGCUUCAGAUACAAAUUCUAGUAGAAAAAGAAGACAAACUGAGGGAUGCCUGGCUGGCUCAGUCAGUAGAGCAUGCAACUCCUGACCUCAGGGUCCUG